AAUGCUACAAAUAUCCAUAUGCCAUAUGCCCUCCAAACCUCCAUAUAAGAAGGGCACUCAACCCAAAAAACAAAAAGCCACAAAAACAAAGAAAAGCAAACACUAGCACCCAUGGCCACCAUAACACCCAGAGAUGAAUCUGACUACGACAGUAGUUCUUCCUCCAUAACCGUACCGGACUCUAGCCGGAGCUGGAUGAGCAACCUCAGCUUCGGCAGCCGCCGGAGCUCCGUCUCAGUAACUUCUUCUCUAGCUGAAUCUUCACUCUAUAGUACCUACAAACCACACAAAGCAAACCAAGCAGCAUGGGAAGCUAUAAAGCGCCUACAAAUCGCUAAUGGUCGAGUUGGGCUUGACCACUUUCGUCUUCUUCGGCGUUUAGGCAGUGGUGAUUUAGGGAAUGUCUAUCUUUGCCAAAUAAGGAACCCUGUAGUUGGUUUGCCUCAGUGUUUUUAUGCCAUGAAAGUUGUUGAUAAAGAAGCACUUGUUAUAAGGAAUAAGUUGCAAAGAGCUGAGGUGGAGAAGGAGAUUCUUGGUAUGCUUGAUCAUCCUUUUUUGCCUACUUUGUAUGCUGAGUUUGAAGCUUCUCAUUAUUCUUGCUUGGUUAUGGAGUUUUGCCCUGGUGGUGAUUUGUAUGCUGCUAGACAGCGCCAGCCAGGAAGACGUUUUAGCAUUUCUUCUGCUAAGUUUUAUGCUGCUGAGACACUCUUAGCCCUAGAGUAUCUACACAUGAUGGGUAUUAUUUACAGAGACCUUAAGCCAGAAAAUGUGCUCGUAAGAGAAGAUGGUCAUAUCAUGCUUUCAGAUUUCGAUCUUUGUCUCAAAUGCGAUGUUGUACCAAAGGUUAUAAGGUCUACUAAGAAACCCAAUUUAUCAGAAGCCAUUGAUGAUGAUGAUCACAAGAAUAUUGAAACUUGUUUCAUUACACCAUCUUGUGCCACGCCUAUACAGCCUGUGCUGUCUUGUUUCUCAUCUUCAAACAAGAAAAAGAAAGCAACAAAAGUUACAACAAUUACAGAACGAGUUGACAAUAACCACGGUGAACAUCACAAUCAUCACCAUCACCACCAUCAUCAUCAAGAAUUACUGGUUGAUCCAGAAUUAGUUGCAGAACCCAUUAAUGCUCGAUCGAAGUCGUUUGUCGGAACACACGAGUACUUAGCACCAGAAGUGAUAUCAGGUCAAGGACACGGAAGUGCAGUGGAUUGGUGGACACUAGGUGUGUUCUUGUACGAGAUGUUGUAUGGAAGAACACCUUUUAAAGGUGAAAACAACGAGAAAACCUUGAUUAACAUCCUUAAACAGCCAUUGUCGUUUCCAAGAAUUAUUGUCAGCAGUAGCAAAGAGUAUGAAGAAAUGGUGAAAGUUCAAGAUCUUAUAAGCAAACUUCUGGUCAAGAACCCAAAGAAAAGAAUUGGAAGCUUAAAAGGAUCAGUUGAAAUCAAGAGGCAUGAGUUCUUCAAAGGUGUGAAUUGGGCUUUGAUUAGGUCAGUCAGACCACCAGAAGUUCCUAAUGAUAUAUGUAAGAUUAGAAAUAUUAGCAGGAACAGUAGAGCGCAAAUACCAAAGUUGAGCAAGAAAGAAAGAGAAGCACCAUAUCAGAUUCAUCAUUUUGAUUACUUCUAAACUAGAAAAUAAUUGUAAAUAAAGAAAAAAAAAACAUAUAUAUAUAUUAGGUAAAACAGGAAGCAAAGAUUUCAAUGUAUGACACCAAAAAUAGAGUUGUUUUCCUCUGUUUUCCCUAUUAAUUUAAGAGAGAUAUCAUUAUUUAUUUAUUAGAUAA